AUGGUCGAACUGCUCGGCCAGUUCAUCGUCUCGACAGUGUGCUGGGAGCCAGGAUGCCGAAAUACUAUCGAAUUUGCAGUUGAGGGAUAUGGCCUCCUCCAAGGAUGCCCCGCACCAGCAGGAUGUGCCGGGAGAGUUGUGGUUGAUCCGGGGCCAUACCAGGCGGAGUGUGUCGAUGCACCCGACAAGAGCCAUGGCUAG